GGAGCCAGAGCCCAUGCUAUGCUCUGUCAGUCUGGCACGUGUUGAGUUAGCUUCUCUCCUUUUUAUCCCAGUGGAAAAGUUUGGAGAAAGAGUGAAGAGAGAGAAACGGUGUGUGUGUUUUUUUUGUUGUAAUUGACCCACAAUGGAUUUGUGAGCUGACCAGAAGAUGGAUGAGCUUAUGUGGAUUGUGGACAUUUGAUGGUGAUCUGAGGGGCUGGAUUAAAGGCAAAAUGCACGAUUGAGGUUUUUUCUCCUUGUCUGGUGUUUCCAAACGAUGGUUCUUGAGAGACCCAUCACAGCAGCAGCAGCAACCAUGAGUUUGAUGGACAUCUCCAAGAUCUUCUCCCUGCUCCAGCCCAAAGAGGAUGAGGAGGACGAGAGCCAGAUGCUGACGCAGGCCGUCACGGGGGACGACGACCGCCUGCUGGCCGAGCUCCUGGCCGAGGAGCGCUACCGGCGCUGCAUCAACAGCCGAUGCGGCUGGGGCAUCCCGGGGACCCCUCUACGCACGGCCGCCGCGCUCGGCCACCUGCGCUGCCUGGAGGUGCUGCUGUCCCACGGCGCGGAGGUGGACAGCCUGGACGUCAAGGCCCAGACGCCCCUCUUCACCGCCGUCAGUGGCAAACACCUGGACUGCGUGACGGCGCUGCUCAGGGCCGGGGCGGACCCCAACGGCAGCCAGUACAACAACUGCUCGCCCCUGCUGACGGCGGCGCGCGAGGGCGACGUAGAGAUCCUGCGUGAGUUGCUGGACCAUGGCGCGGAGGUGGACGUGCGGCCCAAGGUGCCCGACUGGGCCGCCAACGCCACAGCGUGCCGGGGGCCCCUCUACAUCUCGGCCGUCUACGGCCACCUGGACUGCUUCAGGCUGCUGCUGCUGCACGGGGCCAACCCCGACUUCAACUGCACAGAGCAGAAGAUGCUGUCGCGCAUCAAGCAGCCCAAGACCGUCUUGGAGAUGUGCCUGCGCUACGGCUGCGGCCCAGAGUACGUGCAGCUCUUGGUGGAGUUUGGCGCCAACGUCUACCUGCCCACGCUCAUCAUCGACAAGACCACCAAGCAGAACGAGGCCGUGGGCAUCCUGCUCAAAGCCAGAGUUUGCCCCAACACCUUGAUGUCUCAGUCCCGCCUUGCUGUACGAAACUACCUCCCAAAGACCAACAAAAUGAGUGCCAUUGAUCAACUGGAUAUCCCCCCAAUUUUGAAGAACUAUCUGAAGCAUGCCACUUGAGCUGAUGUUGCUACUGGAAGUCCACUGGGGAAAAAAAGACUGAGCCCAAAUUGGAAAC